UUUGUCUUUCUUGAAAUUAUUUGGUUUAGUGUUGUGCUGUUUAUCACAACUCUGAAGCAGAGGUUGGCACUCCUGCUCAGCUCUGCGAUCUUCCCAGCGGCGGCCAAUGCGACUGAGGGAGUCAGCGAGAGCGUGGUUGGCGAGCGAGCGAGAAGGGGCGAGGAAUGUUUAUUGUGGGUCUCUUGAAAAAUGCGAGAGAGAUCAGUCACUGUGCAUGGGAACGCGAGGCAGGCAAAAGGAUUUCAGUUUCUCUCGAGUCUCCGGUCAGAUCAGUGGUAUAAGUUUGCGCCAGAGCGCUGUGAGUGCGACUGUGGGAAAGGAAUUUCAUACAAAUUAUCCGGAUGGAUUUUUUGAGGAUCACUCGGUGAUCGUGCAGAAUUCCGCGAGAGUGUUGUGUUUGUUGUGCGGUGAAAUUCGGCAAAGUGGACUUGGAAUAUUUUUUUUUGCCGGAAAGAUGAUGCCAAUCCGUGAGGACGAUCUGGAUAGCUGCAAUAAUAACGGUGGCAAUAGUGGUCUGAGUGGCACGAUGAGUGGCAAUAGUGCCCAUGAUGGUCGGGAUAAUCGCCAGGGUGGCUCAGGUGUGACUCCCACGCCGCCCAUGACAAAGGCGGAGAUGCGCAAAAGCAACAAGCCGAUCAUGGAGAAGAAGCGACGGGCGAGGAUCAACAACUGUCUCAAUGAGCUGAAGACGCUGAUUCUUGAGGCGAUGAAGAAAGACCCUGCUCGUCACACGAAGCUAGAGAAGGCAGACAUUCUGGAAAUGACUGUGAAGCAUCUGCAGACAAUCCAACGCCAGCAGUUCGCGUUGGCGGUCAACACUGAUCCGACGGUUGUGCACAAGUUUAAGACUGGCUUCACGGACUGCGCCGAAGAGGUGACGCGCUACGUGAGCCAAAUGGAUGGUAUUGAUUCGGGGGUGAAGCAGCGGUUGGCCAAUCAUCUCAAUAACUGUGUCACGAACAUCCAGCAAUUGACGCCGUCGAUCAGCUUCCCGGCGACAUCUUCCGUUGGCUUGUCCGCAUUUCCUGGCCUGCCACUCCACGGCGCGAGCACCGCGGGAUCGUCGAUUCUGCCGCUGCCGCAAGAUGUGAACAACAACGGGCGGAUUCAGAUGGGCGGCGUUCAGCUGAUCCCCUCCAGACUGCCGACUGGAGAGUUGGCUCUCGUAAUGCCCAACAGCAGCAAUUUGUCCUUCUUCCCGGGCACGAGUCCCUUCAGCACGCCGGCGCCACCUCCGCCCAACGGCCUGGACUUGGGAGCGUCGGCCUACACUCGAAGCAGUGCUUUCAGUAGCGUCAGACCACCGCAAGCGCGUCACAGUCCGCCGUUGAGUCCGGUGUCGUCGAUUUCAAGCUGCGGCGAGGAUUCGCAUCACUCCUCGGACUAUCACAACUCCACAGCUUCACCGCCGCUGAUGCCCAGUUCCUCAGCGGCGGCAGCCAUCACUUCGAAUCUGCAGCAGCCGCAAGUCUCGUCGACGACGGAGCUGCAGAAGGCCAGGCUGGAGCCCAGGCCGGAGAUACAGUAUGUGAACAAGAAGAGGCCAUAUCCCUUCGAUGUGUCCGAGGGCGCGAAAUACGAAGUCAGCGCGAAAGCCAUAAAAUUGGAGGCUAGAGAGCAGCAGCCUAGUCCCAAUCUAGAUCACAAUCAGAAUUCAGCUCAGAACGGAAAUGCCUCUGCCGAUAUGUGGAGGCCAUGGUAAUCAUGUGAGAGCGAAGAACAUGCUGUCUAUUUGCACUGUGAUCGUCAUUGUUUUCGUAGUAAUCAUCCCAACGCGAAUAAUUCCAUGAGAAUGUACUUAAGUCUGUUGAGAGGUGUGUUAAUUUUGUAAGAAAAAGAUAUAUUAUUGAUCUCGUUUUGCAGCCUCUUUGAAUUUGUAUUUAAGAAGAGUAUUUUAAGUCAAUAAAUUUUGCA